AUGGGCUUCCUGCGUGAUAAGCUCAAGCAGACGCUUGAGGAGGUUACAGCAGGUGUAGAGGGUCUGCUCCAUCAUGACGAUAACGCCAACACUGCCGCCAACGCUCAGUCUCAGCAAGCCGGAGACGAUGAAGUCCCCGAGACUUCCUAUCCUUACCAAUAUGGAGCCAACCGCUUCGGAUCCUUCGCACCUGAAUCUUCAGGCGAUGUGAAGUGGUACGUCGAUGGAGCCUCCUAUUUCUGGGCCGUCUCCAUCGCUCUCGAGCAGGCCAAGGAGAGCAUCUACAUCCUUGAUUGGUGGUUGAGUCCUGAGUUGUAUCUGCGCCGCCCCCCUGCAAAGAAUGAGCAGUACCGGCUUGACCGGAUGCUGCGCAACGCUGCGGAGCGCGGUGUAAAGGUCAAUAUCAUUGUUUACAAGGAGGUCGAACAGGCUUUGACUCCUUUGGAAAGUCUCCACAAGAACAUCCAGGUCUUCAGACAUCCUGAUCACAUCCCAAGAGGCAGAGAUGUCCUUGCCGAUCUCCGGUCCAAAAUGCAGAUGGGCACAUUCAGCUUGGCUAAGCUCCCGGGGGAUACCCUGGCCGCCUUGUACGGAACCAAGGAUGACGUUACCUUGUUCUGGGCUCAUCAUGAGAAGCUCUGCGUUGUCGAUAGGAAGCUCGCAUUCAUGGGAGGCUUGGAUAUGUGCUUUGGAAGAUGGGACACGAACAGUCACCCAAUCGCCGAUGCUCAUCCCAGCAACCUUGACGACAUCAUUUUCCCCGGUCAGGACUUCAACAACGCUCGUGUCUACGACUUCGAGGAUGUGGCCAACUGGGAGAACAACAAGCUCGACCGUACCAAGAGCUCCAGAAUGGGCUGGUCUGACAUCAGCAUCAGUCUGCAAGGCCACAUUGUUGAUAACCUAGUUGAUCACUUCAUUGACCGCUGGGCCUUCAUCUGGAACGAAAAGUACAAGGAGAAGGACCCCGGUAAGUACGCCCUUAUCAGUGCGAACGCUCCUCAGCAAGAGCAAAGCCGCGAUCGCGGAUACGGAGAGAGCCGUGAUCGUGGAUAUGGAGACAACCCUCCCUACCCUGAUUUCGGUGAAUUCGAAACCCCUUUCCAUUUGCGCCAGCAUGCCCGCCGUUUCUUAGGAGACGACGACGACGAGGACCAUGACGAUCGCAUGCGCUCGAGCGAGCAUCCGAGACGUAGCAUGAAGGUUCAAGUAGUGCGAAGUUGCUCCCAAUGGUCGGCUGGUCAUGACACGGAAGCCUCCAUCGCCGAAGCCUACAUCGAGAUCAUCACGAACGCCAAGCACUUCAUCUACAUUGAGAACCAGUUCUUCAUCACCGCUACGUCCGACGCUCAAAAGCCCGUUGGCAAUAAGAUCGGCAAGGCCAUCGUCGACCGUAUCAUUCGGGCCCACCGCGCGGGCGAGAAGUUUGUUAUCUUUGUCAUGAUGCCCGCUGUCCCCGCUUUCGCUGGCGAUCUCAAGUCUGACGGCGCCCUCGGCACUCGUGCGAUCAUGGAGUUCCAGUACUUCAGCAUCAACAGAGGCGGCAACAGUAUUAUGGAGUGUCUGUUAAGGGAGGGCAUUGAGAACCCAGCGGACUACAUCCGAUUCUACAACUUGCGCAACUACGACCGCAUCAACACUAGUGCUGCUAUGGCUCAGGCAGCAAAGGAUGCCGGAGUCAGCUACGAGGAAGCCCGUCGGGAUUACGACGACAAGUUCGAACGUGCCAUUGAUGAUGACCGGAACCAAUAUGAGAGCAGCCGCGAUCCGUAUGAGAGCAACAGGGGCGCAUACGAGGGUGGGAAGGGUUACGAGGGCGAAAGGGGCUACGGUGGUGAACGGGGCUACGGUGGUGAAAGCGGCUACGAAGGCGGCAGAGGCGGUUAUGAGGGUGGCAGAGGUGGAUAUGAAAGGGGCUACGAUGACGGCAGACCCGAGCGCGACGAGUACCAUUCCGGCGGAUAUGGCGAUCGCUAUGAUGGUGGCCGUGGUGAUGACCAGUACGGCCGCAGGCAGAGCGGCUACGGAGGUGGACACCGCGACGAGGACUACCGCCAGAGCAGCAGCAGACCCGGCAGUCGCUACGAAGGCGGCGGUUACGAAGGUGGAAGCCAAGGGGGCGGACGCCAGCACAGCCAAUACGAGCGCUACCAAGAAGCCGCCAGCAAGAUCACCGACAGCACCUGGGACACCAUCUCCUCCUGCUACAUGCUAAACGGGCCCGACCUGCACAGCGUUCCCUGGAACGGUUCCCCGGAAUCCGAGAUCAACGCCUUCGUCUGCGAAGAGCUCUACAUCCACUCCAAGGUUCUCAUCGCCGACGACCGCGUCGUCAUCUGCGGGUCUGCCAACCUCAACGACCGCUCGCAGAUGGGCGACCACGACUCGGAGAUCGCCGUCAUCAUCCAGGACAAGAACCGCGUCGAAUCCUCCAUGGACGGCCAACCCUACCGCGCCUCCGCCUUCGCCGCUUCGCUGCGUCGCUACCUCUUCCGCAAGCACCUCGGUCUCCUGCCCGACCAGCGCUGGGACGCCGCCAACAACAACUGGACCCCCGUCAACCAGCACGCCGUCAACGAGUACGACUGGGGCUCGGACGCCGAUCGGCUCGUCGAGGAUCCGCUUGCCGACGACUUUUUGGCGCUCUGGUACAAAACGGCGAAGGCUAACACCAAGAUCUUCCGCAAGGUGUUCCAUGCCGUCCCCGACGACACGGUGCGCACGUGGGAUGACUAUGACAAGUUCUUUAGCGAGAAGUUCGUGAUGCCGGGCACGGAGGCUAAGCCGGCUGAGGAGGGGUACAAGAAGGGUAAGGUUGACUACGGGCAUGUCGUAAAGGAUGAGUUCCCUGGUGGCGUGGAGGAGGUGAAGGAGUGGCUGGGUAGGGUCCGCGGUACGGUGGUGGAGAUGCCGUUGAACUUUUUGAUUGAUGUGGAUGAUUUGGCUAAGGAGGGGUUGUCGUUUAACGAACUGACGAGCAAGCUUUAUACCUAA